UGAGCAAAAUGGGAAAUGGUUCAGUGAAACCCAAACAUUCCAAGCAUCCAGAUGGCCGCUCUGGGAACCUCACCACCGAUGCCCUGCGGAGCAAGGUGACAGAGCUGGAGCGAGAGCUGAGGAGGAAGGAUGCUGAGAUCCAGGAGCGGGAGUACCAUUUGAAGGAGCUGCGGGAGCAGCUGUCGAAGCAGACUGUAACCAUUGCAGAGCUCACAGAGGAGCUCCAGAACAAGUGCAUCCAGCUGAACAAGCUUCAGGAUGUGGUGCAUAUGCAGGGAGGAAGCCCGCUGCAGGCAUCUCCAGAUAAAGUGCCUCUUGAGGUCCACCGGAAGACCUCAGGAUUGGUCUCUCUCCAUAGCAGGAGGGGAGCAAAGGCUGGGGUGUCUGCUGAGCCAACAACCAGAACCUAUGACCUCAACAAACCCCCUGAAUUUUCCUUUGAGAAAGCAAGAGUCAGAAAGGAUUCCAGUGAGAAGAAGCUCAUUACAGACGCUCUUAACAAAAAUCAGUUUCUGAAGAGGCUGGAUCCUCAGCAGAUCAAAGACAUGGUGGAAUGCAUGUAUGGGAGAAACUACCAGCAAGGGAGUUACAUUAUUAAGCAAGGAGAACCCGGAAACCAUAUCUUUGUGCUGGCAGAGGGCCGACUGGAGGUGUUCCAAGGGGAGAAAUUGCUAUCAUCCAUCCCUAUGUGGACCACGUUUGGAGAACUAGCCAUUUUAUACAACUGUACAAGGACUGCCUCUGUGAAAGCUAUUACCAAUGUUAAAACUUGGGCACUAGAUCGAGAGGUAUUCCAGAAUAUAAUGAGAAGGACAGCUCAAGCUAGAGAUGAACAGUACAGAAACUUCCUUAGAAGUGUAUCCUUGCUGAAGAAUUUACCUGAAGAUAAAUUAACCAAGAUCAUUGACUGCUUGGAAGUGGAAUACUAUGACAAAGGAGACUACAUUAUUAGAGAGGGCGAGGAAGGAAGUACCUUUUUCAUUUUAGCAAAAGGAAAGGUAAAAGUCACCCAGAGUACAGAGGGCCAUGAUCAACCACAACUGAUAAAAACACUGCAGAAAGGAGAAUAUUUUGGAGAAAAAGCUCUUAUCAGUGAAGAUGUCAGAUCAGCUAACAUUAUUGCUGAAGAAAAUGAUGUCGCAUGCCUGGUUAUAGAUCGAGAAACGUUCAACCAAACAGUCGGGACUUUUGAAGAACUCCAAAAAUACCUUGAAGGGUAUGUGGCAAACCUGAACCGUGAUGAUGAAAAAAGACAUGCGAAGAGAUCCAUGUCUAACUGGAAGCUGUCCAAAGCAGUCUCUCUGGAGAUGAUUCAACUGAAGGAGAAGGUGGCCAGAUUUUCCUCGUCAUCCCCAUUCCAGAACCUUGAGAUUAUUGCAACACUGGGCGUUGGUGGGUUCGGAAGAGUUGAGCUUGUGAAGGUAAAAAAUGAGAAUGUUGCUUUUGCUAUGAAGUGUAUAAAGAAGAGGCACAUAGUUGACACUAAGCAGCAGGAGCAUGUCUACUCAGAAAAGAGGAUUUUGGAAGAGCUGUGUUCUCCCUUCAUUGUGAAGUUAUAUCGUACUUUCAAGGAUAAUAAAUACGUAUACAUGCUUCUGGAGGCCUGCUUAGGUGGGGAGCUAUGGAGUAUAUUAAGGGACAGAGGCAGCUUUGAUGAAGCCACCUCCAAGUUCUGUGUUGCUUGUGUGACAGAAGCAUUUGAUUACCUGCAUCGACUGGGUAUUAUCUACAGAGACCUGAAACCAGAAAACUUAAUUCUAGAUGCUGAGGGUUAUCUUAAAUUGGUUGACUUUGGAUUUGCUAAGAAAAUAGGAUCUGGACAGAAAACAUGGACAUUCUGUGGAACUCCAGAGUAUGUAGCUCCUGAAGUCAUUCUUAACAAAGGACAUGACUUCAGUGUGGAUUUUUGGUCCCUGGGAAUUCUGGUGUAUGAGCUCCUAACGGGCAACCCGCCCUUUUCUGGGAUUGACCAAAUGAUGACCUAUAAUUUGAUUCUCAAAGGAAUUGAGAAAAUGGAUUUUCCCAGAAAAAUAUCAAGACGACCUGAGGAUUUGAUUCGGAGGCUUUGCAGGCAAAAUCCAACAGAAAGACUGGGAAAUCUGAAGAAUGGAAUCAAUGACAUUAAGAAACACAGGUGGUUGCAUGGUUUCAAUUGGGAAGGGCUGAAAGCACGGAACCUCGCAUCACCUUUACAAAGAGAGCUCAGUGGACCCACAGAUCACAGCUACUUUGACAAAUAUCCUCCUGAGAAGGGAGUGCCUCCGGAUGAGCUGUCAGGCUGGGAUAAAGACUUCUGACAGAAAAAAAGAUGAUUACUGCCUAUCUACCACAGAAGAGGACUAUGAGCACCAAUAAUCCAACACUGAUUAUUUCUCUUUUUCGAGUAUUAUAAUAUCUUUUGGAAGACCUUUAGGGAAAAGUAAUCCCUGCCCGUGAGCUGAGAUGGACGAUAGUGGAUAUGGAGGUGGUUCUGAAUUAUAAUGUCUCAUUUAGUGCUGUGAAUUAUUCAUGUAUUCCAUUCUUUGCUUUUCUCAAAUGUUGAAGGCUAUCCAUAGUUGGAACCAUUUUUGUUGAAGGGGCAUAGUGUCCUCUGCAGUCUGUUGCUCCAUCCCAGUCAUACCAUCUCCUUUGAGUCCUAAAAAGGCUUAAAAAGUGUCUUGCCCUUGAGCAAUAAAUCAUGCAAAUAGAAAGAAGAGCAAGGUGAAUUUUGCAAGGGAGUAUUUCCCCUGCUCUCAACAACUCCCUGAAGGCAUUAUGGCAUCGUCAAGUGGUGGUUUGCAGAAAUCUUGGUAGUCAGUAGAGCUCUUGAUUUUACCUGCAUUCAACUAGAAAUAUAUUAAUAUGCUUCCAAUACUAGUCUGGGGAAAGGCAAGUUUGAGUGUUUAGUCAGUACUUACCACUCCCUAAAAUAAAUGAGUUAAUUAAUGCAAGCAGCUAGUUAUAUUCUAUUGGGGAUCUUAGAAAAAAUAAACAGCAAAAAAUAUUUUUCAUUCUCCUGUGACCUCUGUGACACCUCA